AUGGGUGACAUGGCGGAUCUAAUGGUCGGCGAUGCUGAUCUGGACGGAUUCUCCGACGACGAGCUUGACGUGGACGAAUUGGAACGUCGCAUGUGGAAGGACCGCCUCAAGCUGAAGCGGAUUAAAGACUGCCAGAAGAUUAAGGAUGCUCCAGAGGCUCAGGAGAAUAAGGAGGAUGACGACGAGGAGGAGGAGGAGUUUAAGCCGCGCCAGAAGCAGUCGCAGCAGGAUCAAGCUCGCCGGAAAAAGAUGUCGCGCGCGCACGACGGGAUUCUGAAGUAUAUGCUGAAGAUGAUGGAAGUCUGCAAGGCCCAGGGUUUCGUGUACGGGAUAAUCCCGGAGAAAGGCAAGCCGGUAGGCGGAAGCUCCGACAACCUGCGCGCGUGGUGGAAGGAUCAGGUGCGCUUCGACCGCAACGGGCCGGCCGCCAUCGCCCGCUACAACGCGGAGCAGGCUGUAGCGGCCGGCAAGAAGGACCACCAGCCGGCAGGCCUGCUACAGCUGACCACGCCGAGCACGCUACAGGAGCUACAGGACACGACACUCGGGUCGCUGCUAUCCGCGUUAAUGCAACACUGCGAUCCGCCGCAGCGGAGAUACCCGCUGGAAAAAGGGAACCCGCCGCCGUGGUGGCCGAGCGGGGACGAGGAUUGGUGGCCGCAGCUGGGGAUGCCACGUGGCAGCGGUCGUCCUCCUUAUAAGAAGCCGCACGAUUUGAAGAAGGCGUGGAAGGUCGGUGUGCUGACGUCGGUGAUUAAGCACUUGUCGCCGGAUAUCGCACGGAUUCGCAAGCUCGUGCGACAAAGCAAGUGCCUGCAGGAUAAGAUGACGGCGCGGGAGAGUGCCACGUGGCUCGCUGUGCUGGAUCAGGAGGAGGCGUCGCUGCUGCACGCGCAGGGGAAGCCGCUUCCGCCCGGCGCGGCGGAAUACGACCCCUUCCGCGUCGACCUUCCGCCCUUAAUCUCCGCGAACGGCGGCGUGGGAUGCGGCGACUAUCUCGCCGGAGCGCUGCAGGCACUUCAGCAGCAGCAGCAGCACCGGAGCGCUGCAGCGGAAGGAGCGGCGGCUGGAAAAAACCCCGCUGCGGGCGCCGUCGGCGUCGGCGGAAAGCCCGCCGCCGCCAUGAAAGCCGAGCCGCAGUCGUGGAUGCCGGCGGUGACGAAUCACAUCCAAGCAAAUCUCGCCGCUACUGACACGGCUGCGGGUCAGGCGCCGGGGAAUGCGGAAAAGCUGUUAAUUCUAGGGGACGGCGGUGAUGCUACUGCCGGGAAUCCCGGAGGCGAUGAUGACGUGGCGCCGACGAUUGAGGCGGUGCUCGCGGGGGUUGAGAUGCUGCCCGAGCAUAGAGUUUUCAUGAAGCUUCGUCCCGCACAUGCCACGUCAGCAUCCAUGCGGGCCCGACGGUGUGGCGCCUUUCCUGCCGCCGCACCACCUGCGCCACGCGUCCCUGCUCAGGCAGGGAAGCUUCCCGGGAGAUACCUACCACCCGGGGGGUCCCGGAAAUAUGAUGGGCAUGGGCGCGGGGAACAUGAUGGGGGGAAUUCCCGCGCCUCAUCCGCCAAUCAUGGGCCCUCCCCCUCCUGCUCCGCCGCUCCCGUAUCCCGCGGCGCUGGGCCUGCCAGCUCACACACCUGGGUAUGCUGA